CGCGUCGGCCAGACGAGACGAGCGUCCGGUCCACGUCGCCGCGCUUUGGUGCGCUUUGUACUCGUGUGCUCCGAAUUUCGGACGCAGUUUCCAAGGCGCUGCAAGUGUGAGAUUCUUUGUGCGGGUGUGUUUCUGACUUUCCGUUCGACGGCACUCCUGCGUUCAAACUCAGCCACGCAGCCUCCACGGCAUCACCGCUGCCAGGGCGCGAGGCCGAACUCAGCCCUCAAGCAGGUCGGCCGGGUUACGCACAAAAGACUUCGAUCUCCAACGUUGACGACGCAGUGCCGGGGCACCGAUUGCAGUACGACGAGGAUCGAGUUUCGAGCCGGUUCCGCCAAGGCGUGGUGUGCUGCGACACACUGUGCUGCCUCGCAGUGAGAGGGAUUCCGUCGUUCAACCAGUCUGUCGGCGAUCUUCACGAAAACAGAACUAAGGGGGACUCCCCAUUCCCAAACUGAAAAUGGCGCACGACUGUCCAGUGUGCGGUAAGAAGAAUGGGUCCGCGUCCAGUCUGACAGAGCACCUGCGGACCCACACGGGAGAGAAACCUUUUGAGUGCACGGUUUGUGACGGGAAGUUCAGCCAACGUAGCAACUUCAAAACGCACCUCCGGAUCCAUACAGGAGAGAAGCCCUUUGAGUGCACGGUUUGCGACAAGAAGUUCAGCGAAGGUAGCAGCCUCAGAAAGCAUCUCCGGAUCCAUACAGGGGAGAGGCCCUUUGAGUGCACAGUUUGCAACAAGAAGUUCAGCGAUGGUAGCACCUUCAAAACGCACCUCCGGACCCACACAGGAGAGAGGCCCUUUGAGUGCACAGUUUGCAACAGAAAGUUCAUUCAAGGUAACGGCCUCAGAGCACACCUCCGGACCCACACAGGUGACAAGCCCUUUGAGUGCACAGUUUGCAACAGAAAGUUCAUUAAAGGUGACAGCCUCAGAGCACACCUCCAGACCCACACAGGAGACAAGCCCUUUGAGUGCACGGUUUGCGACAAAAAGUUCAGCGAACGUAGUAAUUUUAAAAGGCACCUCCGGAUCCACACAGGGGAGAGGCUCUUUGAGUGCACGGUUUGCGACAAGAAGUUCAGCCAAGGAGGAGACCUCAGAGUUCAUCUCCGGAUCCACAUAGGAGAGAGGCCCUUUGAGUGCACAGUUUGCAACACGAAGUUCAGCCAAGGAGGAGACCUCAGAGUUCACCUCCGGACCCACACAGGAGAAAGGCCCUUUGAGUGCACGGUUUGCAACAGGAAGUUCAUCCAAGGUAAGGACCUCAGAGUUCACCUCCGGACCCACACAGGAGAGAGGCCCUUUGAGUGCGUAGUGUGCAACAAGAAGUUCAGCGAAGGUGGCGGCCUCAGAGUGCAUCUCCGGACCCACACGGGAGAGAAGCCCUUUGAGUGCACGGUUUGCAACAAGAAGUUCAGGCAAGGAGGAUACCUCAGAGUUCAUCUCCGGACCCACACAGGAGAGAAGCCCUUUGAGUGCACGGUUUGCAACAAGAAGUUCAGGCAAGGAGGAUACCUUAGAGUUCAUCUCCGGACCCACACAGGAGAGAGGCCCUUUGAGUGCACGGUUUGCAACAAGAAGUUCAGGCAAGGAGGAUACCUCAGAGUUCAUCUCCGGACCCACACAGGAGAGAAGCCCUUUGAGUGCACGGUUUGCAACAAGAAGUUCAGGCAAGGAGGAUACCUCAGAGUUCAUCUCCGGACCCACACAGAAGAGAGGCCCUUUGAGUGCACGGUUUGCAACAGGAAGUUCAUCCAAGGUAAGGACCUCAGAGUUCACCUCCGGACCCACACAGGCGAGAGGCCCUUUGAGUGCACAGUUUGCAACAGAAAGUUCAUUAAAGGUAACGCCCUCAGAGCACACCUCCGGACCCACACAGGAGAGAGGCCCUUUGAGUGCACAGUGUGCAACAAGAAGUUCAGCGAAGGGGGCGGCCUCAGAGUGCAUCUCCGGACCCACACGGGAGAGAAGCCCUAUGAGUGCACGGUUUGCAACAAGAACUUCAGCCAAGGAUCAUAUCUAAAAAAUCAUCUGCGAACCCACAACAAGUAAAGCGCUUUGAAUAUCCAGUAAACAAAUGGAAGCUAAGCCGACAUAAUAGUAGUGUCAAAUGCGCAUUCUCUGCGAGGACAAGCAUCUCAUUUUGUAUUUUCGGUAAACGAUUUCAUAGUGGCAGGCGUUACUGUACCGACUGAAACAGAUCACAAGGCGCAUUACUCAUUUAUUUAGUCCCAAUGUGUUCGUCCAAUGUAUGAAACAACUAUCUCCGUGCUAAUCUUUUGCUUUUCAAAGAAUUAUAAAUUUUUUUAAUUUAAUUUUUCAUUACUAGAAGUUAAGUGGGAACUCAGUGAGAACAAUCUGACUACUAGACUAACGUGAGAUAGUUUACCGUUUGCUUGCAGGUGACUUUCACAGAAAUCAAAUGGCUAUUGUUUGUUGUAGUGUUGACGAUUGAACAUGGCACCGCGAAUCCAAGUGUGGUACAGGCAUGCACUAAACAUUAUGGGACAAACUGUCAAGUGUGGAGCAAGGCUUUUUCCUUUGCUUAUAUGCGAGGGACACGGGUUUUUCCUACGCCUACAAACGUGGGUCACAGAUUUGUCCUAUUCUUCCAAACGUGGGACACUAUUUGUCCCACGCUUACAAACGUGGGGCACAAAAGUUGGUCCUACUAACGUAGGACUAGUGCUUGCCUGUCUCACAUUUGGGUUUGCAGUGCGGAUUUAACUUUUGUCAGUUUAAGUUGAUUUGGAUGCAGUUUAAAAGCUGAUGUGAACAUUCUGGUUUGAAUGCUGUCUUAAAGCUCAUCUGAACAUUUUUUUUAUUUAGGCCAUUGACUUGAGGGCUCUGCAGGUCCUAGACCCUCGUUUUAAAAUGAUAUUGUUUCGGAUUCGAAUACCUGACAGUAUCUGAUAAUGAGAUUCCGUGUCUGAAAUAGGAAUCCCAAGUGUGUUUCUCUUCCGUCAUUGAUCGUUGAAAGAUGGCAAUGAUUGAGCCUUGUCAAUCUUACAAAAGCGUUGUAUCUACAUUAGAGACUUCUCUUAACUGUUUGGAACUCUUUUGAAUAAAAAAGUGCUAAAUACAUAAUUGACGUGUCCUUUGUUUAGAUGAAGCUAAUUUCAUAUCUUGAGAGU